AUGGCUAUAACACCAGCAUCAUCAGUCUUAAUUCUUGAUAAUAAAGAUUUAACUACACCUAUUUAUGAACUUCAAUCAUUUGAUUCUCUUUGGAAAGCAUUACGAUGGAAAUAUGUACGAGCUCGAUUUCCAAUCUGCUGGAGAAAAUUAUUACAUAGUCGAUAUAUGCUUGCAAAUAUAGUCUAUUUAAUUUAUUCAAUUGGAAUUUUAAUUAUUAAUUUUCAUCCUAGUUUUAAUAACAAUUCAACAGAAACAUCAUCUAUUCUAUCAAAAAAUCUUGAUCAGCCUAUUGAUUAUAAUUCAAAUAUUAAUCGAUACUAUAUUAUACUUGGUUUUUUACAUUUACUAUCAGCUUUUCUCUAUUGGUGGGCAUGGCGUGAUCGAUCAUGGCUUGAUAUUAUAAUGAUACCAGAAUAUUUAAAUCAUAUUGAAGCUGGACUUUAUCUUUGGUCAGCUUUUUGGUAUUCAAAACAAGAUACUCUUGGCGGUUAUUAUACAUUAGCUGUACAUAAAAUUGAAUUGACAGCAGCUAUUAUUGAAUUAUUUGCGGCGUUUGGAUGGAUAAUAUCUUGGUAUAUGACAUAUACACGUACAAUAGGACGAGGUUUUACUCUUGAUGAUCCCGAUACAAUUGCAUAUUUAACGACAACAAUAAGUUCAUUUAUUUAUAUUAUAUAUAAUAUUCAAAUUAAUUUAUAUCCAGAACAAUACGGAGAAAAUCUAUUAUAUAAGUAUGGUGAUAUACUUUAUUUUAUUGGUGCUUUAUAUUAUAUAUUUGCUGCAUUACGUGAUGAAAAUUGCUUUUGGUUUUUACCAUUAGCUGGACAAUAUGGUGUUGCAGCAGGUAGAAUUCGAGUUGAAACAAAAGAAUUACCACAAUAUGGAAAAUCACCUGUUUUUAUAACGGAUUUAUGUAAACGGCGAGUACAUCAAGAAUUUAAUAACAGAAAUGAAUUAAAUAUGGAUAAUCCUACUGUAACAUCUGCUACUUGA